GAGUGGAUACCUUAUAAUAAAUUAUCAAAUAUUAGUUAUUAUGAUAAAGGAGGAUUUAGUGAAAUUCAUAAAGCUAUAUGGUCAGAUGGACCUAUUUUUAGUUGGAAUUUUGACAAGCAACAAUGGAACAGAUGUAAUUUUCAAACAGGCUAUGAAGUCAUUCUUAAAACACUUAAUAAUUCAUCAAGUUUAGAUGAUAAAUUUCUAGAUGAGAUGAGUUAUGCAAAAAAAGGAAGUUUGAGAAAAUGUUUAACUAAUAUAAUUAAAUUUAAGUGGCAAGACAAGUUACAAUUAUUGAAAAAAAUUGUAUUAGGACUUAAAGUAAUUCAUGAAUCAAAUUUAACUCAUGGUGACUUUCAUGAUGGUAAUAUUUUAAUGUCAGAUAAUUACAAUGAGUUAUUUAUUAUUGAUUUAGGAUUAUGUAAACCUAUAAGUGAUUUACAGGAUUCUGAUAAUAAAAUUUAUGGA